AUGUGGACUCAGAAUGAGACUUCAGUGAAUGGAUUCAUUCUUCUAGGCUUUACCAGUCAUCCCAUAUUACAGCCACUCCUUUUUAUGAUAUUUUUCACUAUGUCUCUUAUCACUGUUCUUGGAAACAGCUUGAUCAUCUUCUUGGUCUGGAUCAACUCCCGUCUCCACACAGCAAUGUAUUUUUUCAUUGGUAACUUAUCUUUGCUGGAUAUAUUUUUCACACUGAUCACUAUCCCUCAAAUGCUAACCCACAUGGCUUCUGAAACUAAGAUGAUCUCUUACAACAGAUGCAUGGCCCAAAUGAACUUAACCCUCUCCUGUGGGAUAACAGAAUGUUUCAUCUUAGCUCUUAUGGCAUAUGACCGUUAUGUGGCCAUUUGCUGGCCACUUCGAUAUCCCAUCAUCAUGAGAAUGCCAAUGUGUGUACAGAUGACUGGUAUAUGCUGGUUUGGAGGCUUUUUCAAUGCUGCAGCACUUACAGUUUGCACAGUAAAUUUUCCCUUCUGUGGACCUUAUGAAAUCAACCAUUUCUUUUGUGAAGCACCAGCUGUGCUUCAACUAGCUUGCCUGGACACCUAUAUGAUAAAGAUCUUAAUCUUCGCUCUGAGUGUAAUUGUCCUUAUGCUGCCUCUUGGCUUUAUAGUGCUCUCCUACCUCCAUAUUGCCAGGGUGGUUUUCAAUAUGAAUUCAACUGAAGGGCAACAACGGGCUUUCUCUACUUGUGCCACACAUCUCACCAUUGUUGUGUUGUUCUACAGCACCAUCUGCUUCACAUACUUGCAGCCCCAGUCUGAUCUCUCUGCAGAUCAAGAGAAGAAAGCUGCAGUCUUCUAUUCUUUGGUCUCUCCUAUGUUGAACCCUGUCAUCUACAGCCUGAGAAACAAAGAUGUUAAAGAGGCCUUUGUUAAAGUAAUGGGGAAAGUGAAUUAA